CGUGUCCUCGAGGGAGCGCUUAGUUUUGGGACACUGCGAGUGGGAACAGCGCAGCGUAGCUAGUUGGCAUUUGAAACGCCUCUUCGGUCAUAGCUUUACACAAAUAACAAAGCACUGGCAGAAAUCUAUUUUCAGCAGCCUCGUGCAUUUGAUAGUACUGCCGACUUUCUCAGCCUACUGCUGAAUUGUCGACUUCGAGGAAGCGUGCUUCAGCAAACUUCUGGCUAAUCUUAGUGCGUCAGGCAGAAAUAGCUGUAAAAUAACGUAGCCAAGGUUUGUAACGUUACGGUAGCUGGUAGGAUCUCAACCCAGGAACAUCAUUGUGAGUUCUCGGGCCCCCUUGCUGUGCAUCCACCCAUUUUUUGAUCAGUGCAAAUCAGACCGGAGUCCACAGGUAUUUUACCAGCUUCUGUGGGAUUUGAUGUCGUCUCUAGUUCGGUUCAACUGAAGAUGGACACACUGGAGUCGGAGCUGACCUGCCCAAUCUGCCUGGAAUUGUUUGAAGACCCUCUGCUCUUGCCCUGCGCCCACAGCCUGUGCUUCAACUGCGCCCACCGCAUCCUGGUGUCCCACUGCUCCACCAACGAGCCCAUCGAGUCCAUCUCCGCCUUCCAGUGCCCCACCUGCCGCUACGUCAUCACGCUGAACCACCGCGGCCUGGAGGGGCUGAAGCGCAAUGUGACGCUGCAGAACAUCAUUGACCGUUUCCAGAAGGCCUCCCUGAGCGGCCCCAACUCCCCGAGCGAGAGCCGGCGCCCGCAGCGCCCCCACAGCAGCGGAGGAGGUACCACCGCGCGAGGAAGCCCCGCCUACGCCAUGUCGCUGGAGCAGCGCGUGGGCUGCCAGUUCUGCGAGCAGGACCCGCCGCGGGAGGCGGUCAAGACCUGCGUCACCUGCGAGGUGUCGUACUGCGACCGAUGCCUGCGCGCCACCCACCCCAACAAGAAGCCCUUCACCGGGCACCGGCUGGUGGAGCCCGUGCCCGACGCCCACCUGCGCGGGCUCACCUGCCUGGAGCACGAGAACGAGAAGGUGAACAUGUACUGCGUGGUGGACGACCAGCUCAUCUGCGCCCUCUGCAAGCUGGUGGGCCGCCACCGGGAGCACCAGGUGUCCUCGCUGAGCGAGCGCUUCGACAAGCUCAAGGCCUAUCAAGUGAGCCCCGGCAGACUAUCUGAAGCGGUUAUCAUGGAGGCAUCAAAGACAAACGCCGCGCAAACCCUGGAGAACAACCUGACCAACCUGGUGAAGAGGAACAGCGAGCUGGAGAGCCAGAUGGCCAAGCUCAUCCAGAUCUGUCAGCAAGUGGAGGUGAACACGGCCAUGCAUGAAGCCAAGCUGGUGGAGGAGUGCGACGAGCUCGUGGAGAUCAUCCGCCAGAGGAAGCAAGUCAUCGCCGUCAAGAUCAAGGAGUCUAAGGUGAUGAAGCUAAGGAAACUGGCCCAGCAGAUCGCCAACUGCCGACAGUGCCUGGAGCGCUCCAGCGUCCUCAUCACACAGGCCGAGCACAGCCUGAAGGAGAACGACCACGCCCGCUUCCUGCAGACGGCCAGGAAUGUCGCGGAGAGGGUCGCCAUGGCUACGGCGUCCUCACAGGUCUUGAUCCCAGAUGUCAAUCUGAAUGAGGCCUUCGACACCUUCGCCCUGGAUUUCUCGCGGGAGAAAAAAAUUCUGGAGGGGCUGGAUUACCUCACAGCUCCAAACCCGCCCUCCAUACGAGAAGAGCUCUGCACUGCCUCUCACGACACCAUCACCGUCCACUGGACCUCGGAGGACGAGUUCAGCGUCACCUCCUACGAGCUGCAGUACACCAUCUACACCGGCCAGGCCAACUUCAUCAGUCUGUAUAACUCUGUGGACAGCUGGAUGAUCGUGCCCAACAUCAAGCAGAACCACUACACGGUCCACGGCCUGCAGAGCGGCACCCGCUACGUCUUCUUCGUCAAGGCCAUCAACCAGGCAGGCAGCCGCAACAGCGAGCCCGCGCGGCUCAAGACCAACAGUCAGCCUUUCAAGCUGGACCCGAAAACGGCCCACAAAAAGCUGCGGCUGUCCAACGACUGCCUGACCAUGGAGAAGGACGAGAGCUCCCUGAAGAAGAGCCACACGCCGGAGAGGUUCAGCGGCACCGGCUCCUACGGAGCCGCGGGCAACGUCUUCAUCGACAGCGGCUGCCACUACUGGGAAGUGCUGCUGGGCGCCUCCACCUGGUAUGCGGUGGGCGUGGCCUACAAGUCGGCCCCCAAGAACGAGUGGAGCGGCAAGAACUCCUCCUCCUGGGUGUUCUCCCGCUGCAACAACAACUUCAUGGUGCGGCACAACGGCAAGGAGAUGCUGGUGGAGGCCAGUCCCCAGCUCCGGCGGCUGGGCGUGCUGCUGGACUACGACAACAACAGCCUGUCCUUCUACGACGCCAUGAACUCCCAGCACCUGCACACCUUCGAGAUCUCCUUCCUCCUGCCCGUGGCGCCCACCUUCAUGAUCUGGAACAAGUCGGUGAUGAUCCUGUCGGGCCUGCCCGUGCCGGACUUCGUGGACUGCCUCGAGCAGCAGGAGGGCCUGUGCCGGCAGCAGGAGUCGCCCUACGUGUCGGGCAUGAAGGGCUGCCACUGAGGACGCCGCCCCCCGAACGCCGCCCCACCCCUCCUCUGCCCCGCCCACACCCUCGCCCCGCCCCGCCCCCACGUGCCUCCGCCACCAGCCCAUCACUCCGUCUGCUUUUUCCUCUUCCCUCGGUUUGUUUCAUCCCUCUCUUCCCUCCCUCGGUGAGGAGUGAGCGUGGCUCGUGGUUCCCACUUUAAUAAGGACGCGUGUCAUUGUGUUUGGGUAGCUCAGAUUACAGCUGUUUUACUUGCAUCAUGUGACUACUAGUCUUGUACAAUAAGAAAUUCUAAUAAUGGUUUAAAAAAAAAAAAGACAAAUUGUAAAUUAUUUAUGAAUAAUAAGUUGGUUUGCUUCUUCGUCUAUUUUAAUAUAUUCAUAAUGCACUUUUAAGAUUUAUUUCCCAAACAUGUAAAAAGAACACAAGUUGGGAAAGGGUUUUAUUUCUUUGUAGUUUGGUAGUACAUAGAGGCUUUAUCUCACUUGUAAAAGGGAUAUGAAUUUGGUGUUACUGCCAUUUUGAUCAGUGUACAUGCUAUUAACAGACCCAACUGAAACUCCUCAGUGUGAAGCUUUUUAUUUGGAUUUGAUUUUGACUUCAUGGCAUGAUUCACUGCUCGUCUGUUAUUUUUCUGCGCACAUGUUUCGUGUGUGUGUGCGCGUUUGCGCGUGUGUGUGUGCGUGUGUGUGAGAGAGAGAACGAACAACACUGUAUGACAACUUGGCUGCCAACCAUUUUAAAAUAUUUUACAGGUUCUUUGUUCUUUAAGUGCUCAGUGUCUUUAUAUAAUCAGUAAUCCACAUCUCUGGCUCCUCAGUAAGAUCUUUCUCGUGAGAGAGCGUUUUCCCGGCUCCCAAGAUGUAAUUGAUUCGUGAACGUUACUAGCCUCGCUAAUGGCAGUCAGUUUUCCAUUAGCGAUUUCAUUGAAAUCUCCUCCGUUUCUGGGAUUUAUGACGCCAUUUACAGAUGACCACUGAGGAGGCAGACUUAUCCGUGUCCCACCUCAGCUGUCGUUUUGUAAUCUCUUGACUCACGUAUGAAGGACUGCUUCACAUAAGUAGUCAUUAUAGGUCCUCCAGCCUCCUCCUCCUCCUUGUGCCCAUCUUGUUUCAGAGCCAUCUCGUUUUCAACUGGCCAACGCUGAAACUGUGACUGAGCGGUCGCCAUGGGGUGUCUUAGGCCUCAUUGCCCUCCUUUCAUAUUGAACCUCGAAAAUGUUUGAAAGUCGUGUCAUGCAUGUCUUUGUUAAUUGGUUUUAGUUUGAUUUGGAAAUCAUUUUCUACAUGCUAUUCAGGGCUACAGCAGGGGGUCAAAUUCAGACAAUCAGUUUUUUUUUUAAGCGCAGUGAAAAAUCACGUGCAGCACAGAGAGAGGCAGUUGAUACUUAUCGUUUUCUUCAGUAGGAAAAUGCAUGCAAUCUUAGCCACUUUCACAGAAUGAAAGGAUACAUAGUGCUCGCCUGUGUUUGAACACUGUUUCAGUCAUUUCAAAGUAUCAGGACCCGCAUUUACUACUGAUUCCACUGUUCCGCGUUCAGACGGUUCUACACAUAUCAGCGGGUUAGGAUUUCACGCUGAGCACAAACUGGUCUUAUUCUGUUUUUAGCUUUUAAUUUUCCCCGGAGAAGCACAGCAUGUUUGCAGGCACGCUUGCCCAGCGGAUUGCAAAUCAGAUGUUGCAAACCUGUAGUCUGGCCUUUGGCUUUAAAGCAGCGAGUAAAGAGCAAUCAGUUUACAGUAAAUUGUAGCGACUGUAGACGCGAUACAAACAAGCAGGACUUUAUGCCUUCAGUAUAGAACCAUAAAGGUUCUUGAUUACUCUCAUAAUCAAUCUAAAAUGGCACAGCUCAUGUGAGUGUAUUAGCAUUCAACCAUAUAUAUAGUAAAUGAAUACACAACAGCAGUCUGUUUUCAUGAACGGUGUUUAUUUAGUCUGUUAAUUAAAUGUAACUGUUAGGUUUCUGUCAGUAUCAGAAGCUUAUCAUGGCCAUAUAUUUUAAACAAAAUCCUUCUGAAUACAUGGCUAGACUGACAGGUACCAUUCAUUUUAUGUACAGUAAAAAUGCUUGUCUGAGUCGCUGCAUGACAAUAUCAGGUCCAAGAAGACUAUAUAUUUCUGGGAUUUGUUUUGUAUCAACAUAUUCUUUAAAAAAAAUGUCCAGUUCUAACAGAUAGUCCAGCAACAUCUGUGUUCUCGCAUAUCGGAAUUAUACUUUUGUGCUUUGUACUCCUGGAAAGGAAUAUUCAAAUGGCAACCUUAAGUCUGUAGUAAACAGUCAUGGAAAUAACUGACCUCCUGAGUCGGCGUGUUGUCUCUUGGAACCUCCAUGCGAACAGACUGACUGUUGAAAUCGAUGCACUCCUCUCCUUCAAGGCUCUUCCAACUCCUUGAAGGAGUUCAAACCGCUGUGUGUGUCCUCCUGUGCUUGUGCUUCAGUAGUUUUGUGAAUUUUAGCCAUGUAAGAAUGUACAUCAAGAGGGCUGGGAGGGUGAAAUAUAUUCUAUAAAAUGCUAUAAUAUAUGAACUAAUAAUGUUAUUUAUGUGAACUUGAGUCAAAUUAAAACUCUGAUCCCAAAAAUAACUUGAAUUAUUAUAUUUUUCUUUGAUCUUUGCUGUUACUCACGGUUGGGUUUCUGGCUGUCUGCUGGUGCGAUGGCCUUGCAGCCUGACAGUGUGAACGUUCUGAGAGGUGGUUGUGAGUCUGGCUUUUCCAGGCCCGGGUAAAGCCCUGCAUUGUCCUGCUCUGGGGACCCGACACAGUACACCACCCUGGCCCACCGGCAGAGCAUCCGGUGCCACAGCCACCGCUAGGGGCAAUGUGUCCAUCAUCCCCGCGUACUUUAUCAGGGCUGGGGCUGAUGAAGUCCAAGUGCAAAGCGGGUAAUUGCGUGGUGCGCAUAAGGGGGAGAAAACACAGUCAUUUCUGGCUGCUGCCUCCAAAUCUGUAUCCAUUGCGAAUUCUGCUGGAUGCAGUGUGAUAUCUGAGCUCCAUUCUGCAAAUUCUGCAGACUACCGGGUCUUUCUGCCGAAUCUUCACAUGAGCUGCACGGAAUCCGAAUGCUACCCAAACACUGCUUCUCAGACUUUCAGUGGAGAUAAUCUCCUCAAUCACGGCUGGUUUUGGUCAGAGUUUUCAGCCGUGAUGCUGCAGCUUUAGCAUUGGCUAGCUUAUUUGUGAACAAAUCGCUUUUUCAGAGGAAGACAUUUAUCAGAGCGCCUGAGAUUACGCCAGAAAGUCGAGGGACGUGUCCAGCAGACGCAAAAGUUUUAAAACGCGCUAAUUAAAAUAUGCCGCCGUUUACUUUAGACUCAUUUUCCUUCUGAAUGAAGCUACAUUUUUUUUGUCAUUCAAAUUAUGUUUGAACAGUGAAAUUAAUUCUGACAGCCCUUAAAAAAUGUAUAUGUUUUUAUUUUUGCAAAAUGCACUGUUUCUGAUGAUUAAUGCACAAGAUGCAUGGUAAUUGGAGUUUGGGUUUAACCUUGGGUUAACCUUGGGGGGGGGAAAGCAUGUGUUAAAAGUUUUUUACCAUUCCACAGUAAUGUUCUCUGAACACGUUUGGCAAAAACGGCAUGCUGACACUGUUUCGCUGCCCUGAAUUUAUAAUUCUCCCUCUCCCACCUAUGCCUUUUAUUGAGUCAGAUUGGAGAUGUUCACUUUACUGCUGCCCCCGAAGUCCAAUUACAGUGCUGAGUAUGAUUAUGUAAUUCUGCGAAGGCCUCAUCUCAGACGCCGCGUGAGUGCAUGAACACUCGAGUUGUGAAUAGGAGCUGAGCUCUGCUCUACAGCCAGAGCUUAUCUGAACACUUAUAGUCUGUUUUUUUUUUUUUUUUGUUGUUGCUGUACACGGAAAGAUUUUGUGCAAUUUCCUCCUCUUGCAUCAGAGUAUACUGUCACGUCUUUUAAGUUGUCCAGUCGCGCGGUCCAUUUUACAAGCAGCGGUGCACAGCUAACACGGUGUCAAAAUGGACAUGUAUCCCCAGUGUAAUUUAACAGUUCGUUAAGCCUAUAUUUUUUGGGAUGGGGACUAAUAGCCUUUUUCUUCAUCAGUUUUGCUUGAUGUGUUAACAUUGUGUGUCUCCACAGGGCACCAUAUUUGGAGUAUGUCAUUUGAGUUGGAGGAAGGGGAAAUUAUGCUAUAUUUAAAGAGAUAUGAUAUACAUAAAAAAAUACUACAGGAAGUUCUGAAAUGUAAAAAAAGGACCUUAUGGUAUGUUGUAAGAUGAAUUUUGAAUUCUCAUGAAGUUGUAUAACAUUGUAUAUAAAUCUGCAGAGGUCAUCAAUAUUUACCACAGAAUGCUAAAUAAAGCAUUGUCCUGGACUUCA